AUGGGCGUGAAGUAUCUCUGGGAUGUGUUGGAGCCUUGCAAGAAGACUUUCCCGCUCGAUCAUCUUCAAAACAAAAGGGUAUGCGUGGAUCUGUCGUGUUGGAUGGUGGAAUUGCAUAAAGUGAAUCAAUCGUAUUGCGCCACUAAAGAAAAAGUUUAUCUCCGGGGAUUCUUUCAUCGCCUCCGAGCCCUAAUUGCCCUUAAUUGCACCGUCAUUCUAGUCUCAGAUGGUUCAAUUCCUGGAAUUAAAGUACCGACUUACAAGCGUCGAUUAAAAGCAAGAUUCGAGGUCGUUGACGAUGGUGUUGAGCCUGGAAAAGAGACUUCACUCAAAAGAAAUAUGGGGUCUGAGUUCUCUCGCAUGAUAAAAGAGGCGAAAGUCAUUGCAUCAACACUCGGAAUUCUUUGUUUAGAUGGGGUUGAGGAAGCUGAGGCACAAUGUGCUCUGCUUAACUCUGAAUCCUUAUGUGACGCAUGUUUUAGCUCUGAUUCAGAUAUUUUCCUUUUUGGUGCAAAGACUGUCUACAGAGAGAUAUGCCUUGGUGACGGAGGCUAUGUUGUUUGCUAUGAGAUGGAAGACAUCAAGAAAAAGCUUGGGCUUGGACGUAACUCAUUGAUAGCUCUGGCGCUUCUGCUUGGCUGUGACUACUCUCAGGGAGUUCGAGGUAUUCGUCAGGAGAGAGCUUGCGAGAUUGUGAGGUCUGUUGGAGAAAACGUUAUCCUUGAAAAAGUUUCAUCAGAAGGACUUUCCUUUGCGAAAAAACUGAAGAAUUCAAAGAAGCAAGUUAGGCCUAAAAAGGGGACCUUGCCCUUGGUGGUCAUAAGCGGACCUAAUCGUGAUCCAGAAGGACUGGAACAGAUCAAAGGGGUGAUUGAUGCGUUCAUGAACCCCAAGUGCCACCAAGCAGACUCUAACACAGUUUCCAGGGCUUUGGCUGAAUUCUCUUUUCAGCGCACCAAGCUUCAAGAGAUAUGCCAUCAGUUCUUUGAUUGGCCCCCUGAGAAAACAGAUGAAUACGUACUUCCUAAAAUUGCUGAAAGAAAUUUGAGAAGGUUCGCUAUUCUGCAAUCAAGCUCAAUUGAGGUUGGCUUAAACUUUCCUCUCCACAAGCCGCAGGUACCAGAGAAGUGCCCGGUGUCUGAAAUCAUUAAGACUCGCAAAGUACAGGGGCGAGAAAGUUUUGAAGUCUCUUGGAAUGAUCUAGAAGGGCUAGAGACGUCCAUUGUACCUGCAGAUCUUGUAGAAAGGGCUUGUUCUGAGAAGAUCAUAGAGUUCAAGGAGAAAAUGGAAGCAAAGAAGAAGAAGCCAAAGCCAAAACAAAAACAACCCAAGUCUAAAGAGAAGGAAACAAGUUCACCGACUAAAUCUUCUUCUCUUAUAGAACUCAGCCUCAAGCUCCAAGAAAUUGAUCUCAAUUCAACCUCUGCUGUAGCGUCAAACACUAUAGAAGAAGCAGGGCAAGAGAAAGAACCGCAAAUCUCCAAGAAACAUGAUUACUUGUGUCUAAUGGAUUCGCCUACUAAAGAAAAUUCCAAUAAUGAUUGGUCGACCAUGGAUAGGUUCGAUGUUGGCUCGAGUUCUUGCUCAUCGUAUCCGGAAACUGAAGUCAUUGAUCUGAUAAGCCCUUGUCCUGAAGCGCGUUCACGAAGCAUGUCAAGAAGUUAUGAAGAGCAGAAGAGCCAUGAUCACCAACUUGAGACUGUGAUUGAGCUGAGUGAUUCAGAGACUGAUGAUGAAGAACAUUGCAGAAAAAGAAGAGAGCUUAGGAUGUUCCUGGAAAAUAUCAGGAAAGACAUUAUCCUUUGA